AUGAACUUUUCAUUGGACAACCCUUUCAUCGCGUGGGUGUAUAAAAUAAUACAGAAGCCUUCCACAGUUCUAAUGGGCUGUUUUACAGGCAUAAUAGUUACCACCAGCCUGUACAUGAUCAUUAAGCCAGUACAGUCAUCUUUUAUUGAUGAAGCUGAGAUAGAACGACUUAAAAAGAAAGGUACACCACUAAAAUGA